AUGGCCCUGCGGAGCGACUUCCUCUGGGGCUUCGCCACGGCGUCGUACCAGAUCGAGGGCGCCAUCGACAAGGACGGCCGUGGCCCCAGUGUCUGGGACGAGUUCUGCAAGCGGCCCGGCAAAAUCGCCGACGGCUCAUCGGGCGAGGUGGCCUGUGACUCGUACAACCGCACCGCCGAAGAUAUCGCCCUGCUUAAGUCGCUCGGUGCCAAGGCAUACCGUUUCUCCCUGUCGUGGACGCGCAUCAUCCCGCUCGGCGGCCGCGGCGACCCUGUGAACCAGGCCGGCCUGGACCACUACGUGCGUUUCGUCGACGACCUGAUCGCCACCGGCAUCGUCCCAUUCGUCACCCUGUCGCACUGGGACGUGCCCGACGCCCUUGACAAGCGAUACGGAGGCCUUUUGAACCGGACCGAGUUCCCCCUCGACUUUGAGCACUUUGCGCGCGUUGUCUUCAAGGCCAUGCCCAAGGUCCAGCACUGGGCCACCUUCAACGAGCCGUGGUGCUCCUCGGUGCUGGGCUACAACGUCGGCCAGUUCGCCCCCGGGCGCACCUCUGACCGCAGCAAGAACCCCGAGGGCGACGGCACGACGGAGCCUUGGCUCGCGGCGCACACACUCCUCGUGGCGCACGGCCGCGCCGUCAAGGCCUUCCGCGACGACUUCAAGCCCGUCAACGGCGGCCAGAUUGGCAUCGUCCUCAACGGUGAUGCCGUGUACCCCUGGGAUGCCGCCGACCCCGCUGACGUUGAGGCCGCCGAACGCAAGCUCGAGUUCACCAUCGGCUGGUUCGCCGACCCCGUCUACCACGGCGACUACCCGGCGUCGAUGCGCAAGCAGCUCGGAGACCGGCUGCCGACCUUUACGGCCGAUGAGCUGGCGCUCGUGCGCGGCUCCAACGACUUCUACGGCAUGAACCACUACACGGCCAAUUACAUCAAGAACCGGCCCGGCGAGCCGAGCGCCGAGGACGUGGCGGGCCACCUCGAGAUCCUGUUCCACAACAACAACGGCGACUGCAUCGGGCCGGAGACGCAGUCCCCGUGGCUGCGGCCGUGCGCGCCGGGCUUCCGCGACCUGCUCGGCUGGAUCAGCCGCCGGUACGGCCACCCGACCAUCUACGUGACGGAGAACGGCACGAGCCUCAAGGGCGAGAACGACCUGCCGCGCGAAGCCAUCUUGGCCGACGAUUUCCGCGUGCGCUACUACGACGACUACGUGCGCGCCAUGGCGACGGCCGCGGCGCUCGAUGGCGUGGAUGUCAGGGGUUACUUUGCCUGGUCGCUCAUGGACAACUUUGAGUGGCACGAGGGCUACGAGACACGCUUCGGCGUGUGCUACGUCGACUACGAAAACGGUCAGACGCGGUACCCUAAGAAGAGUGCCAGUUCAUUGAAGCCGUUGUUUGAGAGUCUGAUUAAGCAGCAAUAG